CCACCUGAAAGCAUUUAUGGAACCUCAGCCUUCCUGUUAACUUCUCUGUGACCAUUUGACCAUGGUUUCUGUUUCUCCUUCUAGGGAUCAGCUGAGGCUCUGCAAAAUGCCUUUAUCCUUGCGCCAUGUUAUGGGCUGUGCUGUACCUGCAGCGGUGGGACUUCUUGGCUGCUGGUGGAUCUACUCCCGCAUAAAGAAGCGUAGAGUCUGUCCUGAGCAAAGAGCAACAGGCCCUAGGACAGAGCAGCAGGAGGAAGUUGCAGGGGAGGAAUCAUCACCGGAACCAGCAGCAGGGGUUCCUCAAAGGCUGCCUCGUCUGUUGGAAGAGGAAAGGCCAGAGACUGAAAACGCUGGAGGAUUUUCCGCACCCUGCCAGCCUCAGGCAGCCGUGGCACCCAGGGCCUUGCAGCUCGCAGCAGCAGAGGACUCAGCAUCGGGCACCGAUGGAGCCAGCGGGGAGAGAAGCUCUGCUGUGAGGGAUGGCGGCAGGAGCCAGCGGCCCCAGGCAGGGCCGGUGGAGGCAGCAGAAGGCUCCCAGUGCCCCAUCUGCCUGCAAGGGGUUACAAAUGCCACCUACGUGGCCUACUGCCUGCACAGCUUCUGCUUUGGGUGUAUCCAGCGUUGGGCCACGAUGAGGAACACCUGCCCCGUCUGCCGGCAGCCGUUGGAGCGCCUGCUGAUCUCAGGGCAGGCAGAUGACAUGGAUGAGGAGCUCGUCCUUAGCCCUUCCAAUCACGUGUGCAGGUGGACGCUCAUGGGAAGGCCCUGCAGACGCUUCCCACAGCAGCGCUACUACCUGCGCAGGCGGAUCACUAGCAGAAGCCAGAGCCCAGCUGGCCGUGACGCUGCUACAGACACACUCAAUGAGUGUGUCUCAGAGCUGCUGCAGUCUCUCCGCUUCUACCUCCGUCGCCUGCAGUGAACCCCCAGCUGAUUUCCAGGCCUU